GCAAGUUCCAUUCAUUAUUAUGGCUGGGGUUCACAUAUUGAAAAUCCCCAUUUAUUAUACGGAGUAAUAAUAAUAAUAUUUCUUCUUUUAUCAUAUCUGAGCGGUCGGCGAUGGAUGAUUAUGUUGGUGGUUUUUCCUAUAUUGCUACAUACUGUAUUUAAAACCUUAUAAUUACUUCGUAUUAUUUGAUUCUUGUUCUACUAUCAUCAUUUCAACUGCCCUGGCCGGGGCCUACAAACUCUUCAAUUCCCAUUUUAACACCACUAAUAUUUCAAAAAAACAAAUGACACCAAAUGACACUCCAUCCCAGGGGGCCUUCAAAGCUGAGCGGACAGUAUUAGCGGAGUUUCACACAUUGACGGAAAAAGAGUGUAGUUUUAUUUUCCGAGUCACAGAUUGGAACUAAACCCGAAAUCUCUUUUUUUUUUUGGAUGAGUGUAAAUAUAUAUUAGCACCCAAAGAAAACUGUACAUCAAAGAAAACUAAGAGCUAGAUCUCCUAAAACCCCCCACCCCUACCUAGUGUAGGUGUGAAGAGAGGUUUUUAUUCGAUCUAUAUCUAAUUCCAAAAAACAGAGGCCUAAGUAUACAAGGGAGAAAAGGGGAACUUCAUCCCAAUCUUGAAGGGACAGUACAGGAAAUUGACCCAUCCAGGGCAAAACCAGUCCAUGCGCUCGUUCGCUGCGGGGAAGCGGAUGACGGCGUUGGGAGGAAAGCCGACGGAUGUUUGGAUGAGUUCGACUUGUUCUUCGGUAAGUUUCGCUUGCUUGGCGCUUCUUGGUUCAAAAAUGUGUUGAGGAAUGAACACUUGAGAAGCCAUGGAAGCGGAAAGAAACGAGGAAGAUGGAGUGACUCUUGACAGGGAUGAAGAUUUCGAAUCGCAGGUGAUGAUGGCACCGGUUGAGUGUACAAGUAGAAGUCUUUACGAAGCCCAAGACGUAUUAAUUCGAAGGAAAAGUUAUCUGGGUCGGCUUCAACUGUUCCUCCGAAUUGGGGGCAAUUGUUGGGCCAGAGAAUUUCCGUCCAAUGAUACGGCCCAACAGCAGGCUAAUAAAUUAAGACAUGCGGCCCACCUUCCAAGCAGUACUGACGGAGUCCAGCAACAGAUGCAGUCCAGCUCGGCAAAGUAAAGGGAUGGAGGACCGAGUGCUAUUAAAGGGAUAAGAACGAAUAAGGCUUGGAGAAAAAGAAAGCACUUGACACGUUCAAAUGUGAGGCCACCUAUUUCGG